GCUGGCGUAAUCGGGUCCUGCAUUAAGCAAGGCGAGCAGGUCACUUGCUAACAAUAGUGGAGCUACCCCCUACAUCCAUCAUAUGGGAAGCUACCCUGGUUUGCGAUAAGGGGCUACCACCUCAAGGCACCAAGCACGCUAACGGUUGGCUAGACAGUGGCCAGUCGGGUAUUGUUCCCUUCCCGUUUCAUCGCUCAUCCAUAUCUUAUGGAGAGCUCCCCCAACCUUCUCCUUCUCUAUUUGUAUCAUCGUCAACAUUCCAUCCAUUCUUCAACUUCUUAUCCAAUCCUUCUUUCAUCCAACCAACCAAUCCAUCAAUACUAUCACCAUCAUCAUCACCAUCAUCACAGUCAUCGUCAAUACCCAUAGUCUUUGCAAUCAUGAGAGUAGCAAGCUCGGCCUUGCUGCUCGGCGCCUCUACGGCUGCCCUUGCGCAUGACCAGCAAAAGGUACUGGGUGGUGCCGGUGAUGCCCUCAAGAAGCCCAUGGAGCACCUGAGCAGUGUUUUCGGAGAGAUGCCUGCUGCUGCUAAGGGUCUCUGGGAAGAAAUGAGCCUUCUGGUUCCUGGUUUCUACGAAAAGGCCUCCAACAUGAUCUCCUAUCCCAAGGCUCAUUCACGCCGACCAGAUAGCGAAUGGGACCAUGUGGUCAAGGGCGCUGAUAUCCAAAACAUGUGGGUCGAGACAGACGGUGUCAAACACCGAAAGGUUGGCGGCUCUCUUGAGGCCUACAACUUGCGAGCCAAGUCGGUCGACCCGUCCGAACUCGGUGUAGACAAGGUCAAGCAAUUUAGUGGAUACCUUGACGAUGAGGCGGAUGACAAGCAUCUCUUCUACUGGUUCUUCGAAUCCCGAAACAACCCCAAGACCGACCCCGUAGUAUUAUGGCUCAACGGCGGCCCCGGUUGCUCUUCCAUGAUGGGACUCUUCAUGGAGCUGGGACCUUCCAGCGUCAAGAAGGACGGUACCCUCAAGUACAAUGAUUACUCGUGGAACAGCAAUGCUUCCGUCAUUUUCAUCGACCAGCCCGUCAACACCGGCUACUCUUACAGCAGCAACCCCGUCUACAACACUGUCGCCGCCAGCAAGGACAUCUACGCUCUUUUGACCCUGUUCUUCCACAACUUCCCAGAAUAUAGUGAGCAGCCGUUCCACAUUGCUGGAGAAUCUUACGCCGGCCACUACAUCCCCGUCUUUGCGUCCGAGAUUUUGUCUCAUAAGAACCGCAACAUCAACCUGCAAAGCAUUGCCAUUGGCAACGGUUUGACCGACCCCUUCACCCAAUAUGCUGAGUACCGCCCCAUGGCCUGUGGCGAGGGUGGCUACAAGGCAGUGCUAGACGAGAGCGAAUGCCAAUCUAUGGACAACUCUCUUCCCCGUUGCCAGUCCCUUAUCUCGGGCUGCUACGACUCGGAGAGUGUCUGGUCUUGUGUCCCCAGUGCCAUCUACUGCAACAAUGCUAUGAUUGGCCCCUUCCAGCGCACCGGAUACAACGUAUACGACAUCCGCGAGAAGUGCAAGGACCAGGAAAACCUCUGCUACACCGAGACCGCUUGGAUUAGUCAGUACUUGAACCAGGAGAAGGUCAUCAAGGCCGUCGGUGCUGAGGUACACAACUACGAGAGCUGCAACACGGAUAUCAACAGGAACUUCUUGUUCCAGGGUGACUGGUCCAAGCCGUUCCACCGUCUUGUGCCCGACCUCAUCAAGCAGAUCCCCGUCCUGAUCUAUGCUGGUGAUGCCGACUACAUCUGCAACUGGCUUGGCAACAAGGCUUGGUCUGAGGCUCUAGAGUGGUCUGGCAAGAAGGGAUUCAACGCCGCCAAGAUGGAGAACCUCGAGACCGCCACCGACAAGUACGGUGAGGUAAAGAGCAGCGGCAACUUCACGUUUGCCCGCAUUUACCAGGCCGGCCACAUGGUUCCGUUCAACCAGCCCGAGGGCUCUUUGAACCUAUUCAACCGCUGGCUCGGAGGUGAAUGGUAUGCCUAAAGAAUGAAAGGUUGAAGCCAUCCUGUGCGAUUAGUUUGUCGUUUGUAACAUGAGCCAUUGUGAUUAGGUUAUUGCGGGUAGAAGAAUUCUUAGACCGAUGCCCUUUCAGGGUUAGUAAUGGGAGGCUCUCAAAUUGUAGCAAUUAGGAUCUAAGACACAUAUUUAUCAAGCACGAAAUAGCAAUAUAAAUUUGCAAAUAUGAGUAAAUUUACAGAGAUCUA